AUGAUGGAGUCCACCCAUACAGCCCAAGACGUCAUCCUCGCCCUCAAUCUAGCCCCUCAUCCAGAGAAGGGCUACUACAUCGAGACAUUCCGCGAUCGGAACGCAUCAUCCGAGGACCGCUCAUGGAGCACCUAUAUCUACUACCUCCUGGAGGGCGAUUCUGGCCCUUCGCAUUGGCACCGUGUGCUCGACGCUGUUGAAGUCUGGCAUUACUAUACUGGCGCACCCUUGCGGCUCUCGCUAUCCUGGGAUGAUGGAAAUCCCGUCCGCGACCUGGUCCUGGGCCCGGAUCUGUGGAAAAGUCAGAGGCCACAGAUCGUGAUCGAGCGGGGAGAAUGGCAGCAUGCACAAUCGUUGGGAGACUGGACGCUUGUUGGAUGCUCUGUGACACCGGGUUUUGAGUUCAAGGGCUUUGAGAUGGCCAAUCCAGGCUGGGAGCCAAACGGUGCGGUGGGAAGAGUGUGA